AUGCCUUCGAUGUUGGAAAAUACCACAUUCAUGUCGACCAACAAGACCAAGAAGCAAAGGACAGCCCCAAGCUUGGCAGACCUGGUGGUGCUUCUGGAUAAUGGGCUGGUGUCUUUCUUGAGUCUUCGAGACAUUCGGUCGUUGAUCCUGGUCUGUCCUCGCAGUGUUUCGCCAGAAGCUCGAGAUGGCGUCGCGACAGCCUUGAUCAGACAAGAAUGCAGCAAUCUGGACAUCCACUUGGGGACGCAGUGCUACAAGAACUGGUGUCAGUUGGUGCCUGCCACGAUCGAAGGUGUCAACCACUCGCUCUACUGCGACUGCGACCAAAGUGUGUGGGACGACAACGACUUGGCAGACUUUCCCUAUCACGUCAAAGUCCCCAAAUGUCCGCCACUGCCGAGCCUCUUUGACGCUCGCCCGAGGUUGCUGGACGCCAUGCAGCUCAUAAGAGAAGGAAUCAUUGAGCAUUGUGGCUACGUCUUCCAGCUCAUAUGCCUCGACAACAACGACGGUGUCCGCUUCGGCACGUUCCAGCCUGUUAUGGUGUCUGUGACUACCGCUUUAGAAGCGCAACUGGAAGCAACUACCCCCUCAGCCCAAUCCAGUGCAGGCUGUGCUUGA